AUGUUUGGGAUAUGGGAUUGUUGUGGGUGCAACUUUGGGUAUUUUCGGUUUCUCAUCUUAGCCACUUCAGUAAAAUUGCCACAGAUUAUAAAGAUUUUGAGAACAGGUAGUGCUAAGGGACUUAGCAUACUGGGAGGACUCUUAGAACUCUUAUGUUAUACAGCAACAAGUUCUUAUUCCAUUCAGCGUAAAUUCCCUUUCAGUUACCUUUCUCAGUGGUUACGUCUGUUUUGUCGCGUACACUCUCUCAUCCGCAGUGGAAUACUCUUUGCUUACCUUAAUGCAGGCGGCGAAUACGCCGGUCAUUUUGCUCUCUCGGGUAACUUUGGACGUAGCAAUGCUUUAAUAGUCUGUCUUCAGGGAUUACAAAUUUGCACAAAUUUUCGGAACGGCAGCACUGGUCAGCUAUCGGCGAUCUCCAUUUUUCUUAUGACUGCUGGUUCGCUUGCUCGUAUCUUUACUUCAGUUCAGGAGACCGGUGACGUACUUGUCAUUCUGAACUUUGUUGUUAGUUCUCUUGUCAACAUUGUACUUUCAGUUCAGAUAAUCUACUACUGGAAUUCCCCUCUUCACGAACAAAAAGUGAUAAAAAAUAAGACUGAAUAG